AAAAUAUUCUAUAAUUAAAUCGGUAAAUAUUGUGCCAUUUUUAUAAUAAAAGAUGGCGUCACAAAACCUGGAAGUUUUGCGUCGUUUAAAAUCGAAUCAUUAUUUAGAUAACAUCGGAUUAUUAUUUAAAAGUUUAUACUCAAAUGAUAAUCUAGCAGAUGUAACAAUAUCAUGCCGUGAUGGUCCAACAAUUGAAGCCCAUAAAAUUGUAUUAUCAGCGUGUAGUUCAUACUUCCAUGAAUUACUUAGCAAAAAAACAUCACAUCCAGUCUUCAUAAUGCACAAAAUAUCGUACCAAGAUAUGCUAUACUUAUUGGAGUUUAUGUACAAGGGAGUAAUUGACGUUCCAGCGGAUAAUGUUGAUCAUUUAAUUAAAAUUGCUAAGGAAUUAGAAAUUACGGAUUUUUGUUUACCGGAUAAUACUCAACAAAUAAUACCACAAACAUCACAUAAUGCGAAGAAAAGAAAAUCAAACCAUAUUGACAGUUUACCUGCAGUUGUUUUUGAUCAAGGAAAACCAAAUGAAACUGUUACUAUUCCUGAAAUUGAUGUUGUAUCGUUGAGUGAUUCUCCAUCGACUAUACGGAAAUCAAUAAGUGAUCGAUCCAUUUCUGAUGUAAAUGAAAAUCAAACAUCUGCAUUAUCAAGAAAUACACGAUUUAAGGGAAAGAAACGAGUACCAGUAUGUGAAACAAUUGAUGUAAUUGAUAAUAUUGAUAUUUCACCACGUUCAUUACUCAAGAAGAAGGCGAAUAAUUCAUUAACUAAAAUCAAAGAAAGUCAUCCAGUCCAACAUUCAACACCGAAUUCCAAAGAUCACGGAUUAAGCGAUUUUAUUAUUAAAGAUGUAUCCGGUGGAAAUGGUUCAAUUAUUUUAAAUUAUAAAAAUGGAAAAGAUACAUCAAAAUUAUCAACAAAAGGUCUUAAUAGUGCUACAACAUCAUCACCACUUCCAGUAUUAUCAAAAUCUGAAUCGUCAUCAAAUUUCACAGUAACAGUUUCACCCGAUGACCUUUCAGUAGAUAUUGACACUGUUACACCAGAUAUAGAAAUCGAAAAUGAAAAUAAUCCUAUAUCACUUGACGAUAGUAUUACGGAUAUUGACACACCUGAAAUAGAUAUAAAAGAUGAAGAUCCGAACAAGGCGAAACCAAGAAAACUUAAAUGUGAAAUUUGUAAAAAAAAAUUUUAUCUUGAAAAGCACUUACAAAAACAUAAAAAAACACAUCAUGCGGGAUCAGACAAGAUGCGAGUACUAUUUCCAUGUAAAAAAUGUGAUGAAAAAUUUUCACGUUUUGAUAAAUUAAAACAACAUAUAAAAACCUAUCAUGAUGAUGAUGACUAUGUACCAAAAGGUGAGAAGAAAAAACGUCUUUAUGGUAAUCCAAUUGAGGCAUCUCCAACCGAAUUGAAAGAUAUUGAACAUAGUAAUAAUCCCACAUCUGUUACUCAAUCAAUCAUACAAUCAAUUAAAAAUAUUACAUAUACACCGAAAAAAGAAAAUGGAGAAAAUGAUACGUCCAAUGGAAAUAAUACUUCUCAAAAUAGUGAAGUAUCUUCUGGAAAACGUGGUCGAGGUAGACCACCUAAAGAAAAACCGCUAAUUGUUAAACCACGGAGACCUAAAGGUAGACCACGAAUAUAUUCAGAAUUGUUAGGUAAACAAAAGGAGAGAAAACCGGUUGGGCGGCCACGAAAAAGUGAUACACCACGGAAAACAAAAAUUCUUGGUCGUAAACCAGGGCGACCGCGUAAAUCCGAGCAAAGUUUUUUUGAUGAAAACCAAUCAAGAUCCAAUGUAAGUGGACGAUCUGGUGAUAAUUAUGACGGUGCAUCAUUACCUUAUGGUGACUUAAGUUACUUAACAACUGGCUUAUUAAAUCACGCUGGUGACUCUUCAUCAUCCACCAACAUUUAUGAAAAUCAAUUACCUGAACCAUUACAAACGGAUCCAUUACACACAUCAAUAUCAACAUCGUCAUCAAAUAAAUCGCUGGCACAGCGUUCAAUGACACCAGUGGAUACAAAAACAGAAAUACCACCAAUUCUAACACCAAAUAAAAAUUUAAUGACAUUUAUACCACCAAUUAAAAGUGAAACGAAUACAACAAUUACACAAGUACCACCAACCCUUGAACCCAUAAUACCAUUUCAAAAUGAGAAUAUUACUAUUACACAAAUCCCUCCACUUCUUUAUUUAAAACCAUCAGUGUUAAAUACUCCAAGUACAUCGUCAACGUUAGAACAAAGUGACGCAAUAAAUAUGAAAAAAAUUGGUGAUUGCACAAUUCGACCGCUCACAUAAAAUUUAAUCUAAGAACAUAGUUUUAUUGCAGUAUUACCGAGCGACAUCAUGUAUAAACAUUAAUAUGGAGAGUUGGAUUUCAAAAAAAAAUUUUUUAACAAAAAUGGAAAGAUCAUAUAGAUAGACAUCCGGUAUAUCAAUAAGAUGUCGUGCCGUUAUGUUAAACCCAGGUUUGCAAUUGGUGGCUUUGCAAAUAAAGCCAUAUUUUCGUUUUAAGUAGUAUAAGGUUUAUUAUUUUUUAAUUAGCAUAAGACGUUAAAAUAAAAUGCAUUAUUGAGAAUAGAAUUUUCUAAUAAUUUCUAAAAAUCACAUCCAAAGCUCUUCGCGAAUAUUGAGUUCUCAAUUAGUCAUAUUUAUUAACAUAUUAAAAUUAUUUUCUCUUAAAUUCUAUAUAAAAUAUUACGAGAAAAGGAUAAAAGUACCUAAGAAAAAAUCUGUCACUGGUUAUAGAGAUCGUUGUCAGACGAUUAACCAUUCCGAGAGGAAUACGAUAUGCUUGAAUGUAAGUUUGUUCAUUUUAAUUUAUAUGGUUUUUUUAUUUGGGGGGCCGAGAGGUUAAUUCUUAUCUAGAGGAAUACAAAAAUGGGUUAAAAAACUGCUUGUCGUUAGUGGGAACUGAAAAGUAUAGAACGGAUGCGUCAAUAUAUUUCAAGAAUAGCUCAGCGUAGGUAGGUGCGAUUUGUCUAAAAUUGUUCUGAUUUUAAUUGUAUUUUCUCUAUUCUCCGCCUUUACUAAGAUUUUCAAAGUAAAAUCACAAUUUCACAUUUCUGAAGUUCAUUUUUCCUGUAAAGAAAAUGUUCAUCUCCCUAAACCAUUUAUGAUUAAAAUGUAAAUAAAAGAAUUAAUUCAAAGUUUAAGGAUCGUGAGCUUGCUCAAGCAAUAAAAUGUUCGAUAACUAAAUUGUUAAUUUUUAUGAUUUGAAAUAAAAUGAUUCCAAGAAUUAUUUAACUAUAAGGGAAGGUGAGGCUACUGAGAAACAAAUAAAAUAUUUUUAAGCUUUUGUGAAUCGGCUCGAAAUCUUUUUUGGAAUAAGAUGCAAAUAUUGUAGAUAGUGUUCAUUUUUUUAAGUGAUUAUUUACUUAAUCCAAAGAAAGUAGACAAAAUAUAAUUCAAUUGUACCGAAGAAUUGGCAGAAAACACAAUGAUCUUGAAUUGCAUUUAUCGAAAAGUAUAAAACUCUUUUGUGCCGGCAAUUUUAUUUUAACAAAUUUUUUUAAAACUUAACCAUCUAAUGAAAUAUUCACGAAAAGUCCAUUUUUUAUAGUUUAUAGAUCGUAAGAUAGUGACAGAUUUGUGUGCUUCAUUUUCUCGCUUCUGUCUUGAUAGAACUGAAAAUAAUUUCUAUGUUGUCUAAAAUUAGUGGCAAUUUCCAAAUGAACUGCUUGGAUAACAUAUCGAAAUUUUUUUUUUCUACAUUUCCUCGAAUUUUUUUAUAGGAUUGGCUCAUGGAAGCUUUGAAAGUUUUAUUCUCAAAACUAGUGUACUUUUCGAUAUCCUCCUCGAGGUAGAAGCUAGGAAAUGGACUACUCUGAUCUGUCAUCAUAUUACGGCUUAUUAUUUACCAGUAAGUACUCAAAUCGAUUUAGAUUAAAUCCGAAUCAUAUUCAAUCAAAGUACGCAACAAAUAGAUAUCUCCUAAUUUUUUCGGAUUGGAAUGUCUAAUUUUCUUUGGAUUAUUUUGUACAAAAUGAAAGAUUUUUUGAAAAAUAGUUGUUCAUUCUUUAGAAAUCUUAUUCAAUUUCGUUUCUGCAUAAUCUUUAUGGGUAAACAUUUUCGGAAAUCUUAUAAAUUAUCAAUUUCUUAGAGUCGUUAAAUUCAAAUUCACCGACAUUGUUUUCUCAAAAGGUUUUUGCAAAAUCCUGU